AUGACUUCCCAUCCCACCUCUGCUUCCCUCACCACUCCCUACACCUCUACUUUCCGCCAUCAUCUCUCCCCCGAGCACGUCCUGCCAAAGUCUAGAUCUGCCGGGCCAAAAUUCAUCAGCCAACCUCAGAGACAAAACAGCUCUCCCACACCCACCGAGAAGGAAUGGGAAGAGGGACGUCUCAUCGAUAGACCACAGUUGGGAUGGGUCGAGGGGCGGGACUGGACCCCACCGAUGCAGAUACGGGGCGAACACAUGGAAGGACGCCUUCUGGGGUCACUUCAGCAUAGUCUUGGUAGACGAGAUACCGAGGGCUCGGCAUCGUCGAUGGAGUUUAGCGGCAGCGGCACGAGUUCCAAUUCGCUCUUAUCGCUCGGGCGCAGCUCGCUAGAACACCACCCGCGACCUUCAAUCGUGACAAAGUGGGACGAGGAGACGGCGGAAAUGGAGUGUGAAGAGGGAACACCAGCGAGGGACGACGACGAGAACGUCUCCCCCACAAGUAAAUUCUCCAUGUCGCAAACAUUCUCGCCUUUCAGUGAAGACGCUGGGCUUCCAUCGCCCACCGACAUGUCCAGUCUUGCCGACAGCCAAGCCACCAUUCAGUCCUUCUCUGUAGAAUCACCAUUCAGUCUCAACACUGCCCAAUCAUCCUCCCACUCUCGAUCCGGCUCUCGCUCUGGAUUCCUUCCGCGUCUUCUCAUGAACAAGCGAAAGAGUUCAGUGACUCUCAGGGAAGAUAGUGCGCGGAAUGGGCCGAGGGCACCGAAUGUGACGGAGGACGAGGACAUGAUGACGGACGUGGAAGAGCAAUCACCUCAACGCUCUCGCUCGCGAAGCUUUUGGGAAAAGGCCAAAGCCGGGGCUUCCCGCAGUCCGUUCGACGGGGGCUUGAUGAGUGGCUCUUUCGGCCUUGGCAUAGAACUCGGCCCUCGUAGAGCUUCAAAGACCGUCACCGUUGGCGAAGAGAACGGCUUGUCCAUUUCCCUGGCGAGUGACUCUAGCAACGACUCGGACUUUUCACCUUCCAAAUCCGUGUCCUCUCGCCCAUCUACGAAUAUCCUCGCGAGACCUCCCAGUAUUGCCACCCUUCCUCCUCUUCCCUCUUUCAACAGACGCACUUCAGCACCGGACGCUGUGACUCGACCUGCCUUGCCUCGGCGAACGUCCGCUGUGGGCGCCAUGCUUCCUCGCCUGCCCCGCACGAGCUCUCCUUCCAUCCCCACUGUCAACGCCCUCCGUGAUGCGAACCGACCUCCACUGAGACGUGGUGCCACCGAGCCCCAAAAGAAGCAGCGCCCCAGCCUCCUCUCUGCCGACACUGCCCUCAAUACUCCUACCUCGAUGCCUUUUGCCGAUAUCCGCCCAUCUCCUAGCGUCUUUGCGUCGGCGGGACUGGUGAAGAAAAAGUCGCGCUUCUCGGGUGUCGAGAUUCCCAAAUUCGGGAGCGAGCCGGCGGCAGAUCACAAGAGGAAAAAGUCGUUUUCACAGUUUGGUAAUCCGAUGAUGAACCCGCCCAGCCCGGUCUCGCCCAUCAGACCGAUGGGGCGGCCAUUUGUGCCUCCUCUGGAUUCAGGGGUAGGUAAAAUCAUUUCGUCGAAUGCUGCGGCUGCUCUGCAAGCUGCGCAGAGGACGAGAGGUCUGAGAAAGAAGAGAAGCUCGAUGUUCAAAAGCGGGAGCUCGAUCAGUAGUCUUGAUAUGAUUCGGGGCAACAGUCGAAGCUCGCUGCAAGGUGUUUCUUUGUCACCAGUGACUCCCACCAAGCCAGAUUCGAUGCGCUAUGGCAUCACGACUCCAUCCCCUGUCCGAGCUGCUGUGGUUUACCCUUUCGCGUCAGCCAAUGCGGUCGACAUGGACCUCUUCUCCACACCUCCAUCCAACCGGUACGCUCGCCCAGGUGCCCUCGAUGCCCCCAUCGCCGAACGAUAUCGAUCUAUGCUGGCAGGCAGUCCUAUUGCCGAAGGUCGCGUUGUCCAACUUCCCAUGGUCCGAACCUCCAACCCCAUGCUGGCUGCCAACUUUAAGAGUGCCGCUCCGAUCACUACGCCUGCCCGUGGACAAGCUACAGAAAGCUUGGCGUCGUGUGCAGGCAAGUUUGGGGGUGACGGUAUUACGAGGUUGGAGACCGACUUUACACUGGUGGAUAACCUUGGAAGUGGAGCCUUUUCGCAGGUGUGGAAAGUGCGUGAGAAGAAGACGAGCAAGGUUUAUGCUGUCAAAGCGGGCAAGCCAUAUACUGGCAUCAAGAACAGGCUGCGCCAGCUGGAGGAGAUUGCCAUCCUGCGUCAACUGUCUCUUGAUCCUCACCCCAACGUGAUCCAUUACGUUGACUCGUGGGAAUCCCAUUCUCGUCUUUACAUUCUGACUUCUUUGGUCGAAUGCGGCGAUCUCUCGAGCUUCCUAUCCUUGCUGAGUGACCACGGCGGUAUUCGCGAAGCCCGAGUCUGGAAAGUCCUUGACGAGCUCUCCCAGGGCAUCGAACACAUUCACAAGCACUGCUUUCUCCACCUCGACAUCAAGCCUUCCAACAUUCUCAUCAAGUCUGACGGCGGCUUGGUCAUUGCUGAUCUGGGUAUGGCUGUUGUAUGCGGUGCUGGCCCUGAUGGGCGCAUGCUAGGUGGGAUGAGUCCUGCUUUGCCCGAAAGAGAUCAGCAGGGCGGCUUCGUUUGGGAAAUAGCUGAGACACCUAUGGAUGAUGGCAAGGCGCCCGCGAUGGUGCCCAGUCCGAUCAUGGACAGGGAUGUUGAAGGAGACCGAGAGUACCUCUGCCCAGAGGCAUUGUGCGAAGCGGAUAUGAUUGGGAAGGGGGCGGACGUGUUUAGUCUGGGAUUGUUGUUGCUGGAAGCUGCUCUAAACGUCGUUUUGCCUAGCAACGGCGACGCCUGGGUCCAACUUCGCAAUGACGACUUUUCCGACUUGAAAGGCAUCUAUAUUCCUCGUUCUGUAACGUCAUCCCCCCCUCACAACCCUCCUGCCGAUGACCCCAACAUGCCCGUCCUUUCCGGCGACAUCCUGAUGGUCAUCAAGGGAAUGAUGAAGUCGAACCCCAACCGACGUUGGGGUUUGGAAGAUGUGUGGAGCUACCCUGUGGUCCAGAAAGUCAGGGGGAUGGAAAGGGGGAAGGCGCUUGUAGAGGAAAGCGAAGAAUGGCUGAAGAAGAUUCUCGGAGAGGCCUUGUAG